AUGACCUUGUUGGCAGAUUGGUAUAAUCUGCUACGUCAACACUGGCUAAUCGUCCGAGAUGACUCGAGCGUCCAGACAUUGAAAACGAUCGUGGCGGGAGUUGCUGGUGCACUUUAUGCGUCCUUGUUGGUGGCAAAUGGUUAUUACUUUCCUCUCUUUAUCGUCCUCGGCUUUGCAUUAGGUGCCGUCUUCUUCUCCAAUCAACAACAAGAACGCUUCAACAACUUGACUUUUGAAACACGUCCCCUCAUAGGCAAGGAUGGGGAACAAGCUAUAACAACAACAACAAACGACAACGACACGUUACGAUUGUUUUAUCCACCCUUGACAACUGCCGUGGACAAGUUGAUCACGUACUUUUGCCGCGACUUUGUAUUAACGUGGUGGACACCAUUGAAUCCACAGCAUGAUCCAGAGUUUGAGCGAUCCGUCAAAUCAACAUUGAAUGGUGCUGUGCAAAGGGUUGAAAAGCUACUUCUCAAGCAAGAAAGGAAUGACAUUGUCAUGGCAACGCUCUAUGGAAUAGCCAAUGUUCUCAUUAUUCAUAUGCGUGAAUGCAGGAACCUUGAAAGCUCGGGCAUGUCGCUUGAAGGAUAUACGGCGUUGAAUUCGCAAUCACCUUUUGCACAAUUACUCUCUCAUCAUGAACAACAUCAACAAAUGCGUGGAUUGAGUACGACCAUGUUGAAACGCAUGCUGCCGACCAACGACACUGAUUCGGUUGUACUCAUGAGUCUAUUUCGUGAACUACUGGCCAGCCACUUAUUCGACAAUAUCCUCGACACCUUGAGCGAUCCAGAUUUCAUCAAUUAUUACAUUGUCGAUUAUCUUUCUGGUGAUCGUGGUAAUGAUGCAGCAGGUCAAUCUGAAGCGGAUGAGAAUGGAGAAGGUAUUCGUAGUGUGGUGGAACGUGCUGCUGAAAGCUUGAUGGCUGCUGGAUUGGAUCAUGAAGAAGGAUCUCGAGAACAACCUACCACCACCAAUAAUGGUACCAUUCAUCAAGAAGAGUCACCCAUGGUCGAUAGCCCAAGGACCUCCAUGACAUUAUCACAACCUCGCUCAUCAUCCGAGAUUCAUCCAUCUGCAUCCGCUCCCGAUUUGUCUGUGCCACCACCACAAUCUCAAACAACCAAUGACACUUUGCCAUCCAUUCCAGAAGAUUCUUCUCGUAAUCAUCAUCCUACUGCAAUCAACAACAACAACGCGUCGAAAAAGAAGACAUCAUCUCCACGACCUUCUUAUGAUGCUGCACCCAUGAUUUAUGAACCAGGCACAGUCCAUUUCAGCGUCAUGGAUAUUUCAACACCUAGUGGAAAUGAGCCAACACCUGAUAAGAACAAGCUCAUGUUUAUUGUACAAAUUGAACGACCUGCCACAGCAGAAGAUCAUCAAGCUGGAUCAGAAGGAGGUGGCUAUGUGAUUACUCGUACCUAUGCCGACUUUGAAGUAUUCCAUGCAAUCAUCAGUGCUCGACAUACCAAACGUGUGGCACGGGCCAAUUUACGUCUUCCGUUGGAUCCCAUUUAUCGAUCAUGGCUCAAGUUGGGUGCAAAUGGCAAUGGUGGAGGAAACAAUGGAGGCCCCACAAUGCAUGAUCCUGAUAGUAUAAGCCGAGCCUUGGAAGCUUAUUUGCACACGGUGGUACAAGACAAUGAAAUGGGACGUGACAAUAUCAUCCUCGCCUUUUUGAGAAAAGAACGUAGACAAGGUCCUGAUGGUGGUGAUCCUGCAGUCGACAUUUCUUUUGCGGAUGAAUAUAUGGACGAGAUUGGAUCGUAUGCAGCGUUAUCAGCAGCAGCUGGACAACCACCAGGUGCAACAACAACAACCAAUACCCUGAAUGGCGCUCAAAGCAGUGUAGGCAAGGCCUUUUCAAUGUUGGCACGUGCACCAUCCUUGGCUGUGAAAAGUGUUAGCCGUACCAUGAGUGAGACAUGGGACGAAACUGGAAUGACAACAGCAUCCUCUUCACCAGGACCAGAGCCAUCAAGACGUUGGUUUGGAAGAAAAACAGCACGUGAAGGAUCCAUUUGCAGUACUGUAAGCUCCAUUGAGGAUGAAUCUCUUACAUCACCACGUCAACAACAACAACAACAUACCAGCAUUACACCACCAUCAAGUUUUUCUGAAAAGGAAGAGGAUGAGUACAUUAUUGAAGAAGGAGAAGAAGAAUUGGAUGAGGAUGAACAAAGACGAAGGCGGAGGCUACAGGUUGUGGAUGAACAAGAGAAUCCUCCACCUCCACCCAAGGAUGAGCCGCAUCAAAUCAAGAGCAAGCCGUUAUCACCUAUGGAGAUUGAGCUAUUGAUUGAGACGACGUUUGCAUUGGUGGUUGAAAUCUUUGACUUGACUACGGCCAACAAUCGAGCUUGGAUGCGAAGGACGCUAUUGAAUGUCUUGCGAGAAAUUGUACGACGAUCUUAUACGGAGAUCAUUGCUCAACAUUAUACCACGUAUAUGCAAGAUUACAUGUCGCCUGAAGCACUGGUUCAUCUAUGUGAGAAGGUGAUGGAAAAGUUUUGGCCUAAUGGACGUUAUGGAGAUCCUAGUCCACCACGUACGGAGGAGCAAAAGGAAGCAAGCCGUCAAGAAGCACGUACCUUGCUGAUGACAGCGGCUGUCCCUUCAGGUGUGCGUCAGCUCAUUGGUGAUCAAAACUGCAGCGCAGCCAUGGAUCGGUUAUGGAAACGAUGCCAAAAUCAGGAACUCAAUCGUGUACUCAUGCUUCAGUUAUUGGAGCGUUUGAUGCGUCCCAUUUUCGGUUGA